AUGCCACGUUGCAAGGAUCUCUUCAAGUUCUCGGCCACCCAAAAGGAGGACGUGGAUUUUCGGUACAGUUUGGGCGAAGCGAUCGAGCAGGGCGUGCUGUCUGACUAUGACCUCACCGUACCCGUGACUACCCAAGGCCACCCCUACAUCUGCCUUGCGAACCUACUUCUGACACAGGCUGGGCGCUUCCGGCGGGUUCUUGCAUACUGCAACUCUGUGAAAGAAGCCGAGAGAUUCCAACAGGUAUUGGACACAGUCGGUUUGGCGGCAUGGCAUAUCAAUGCCAUGACAAAUGGCAACCAGCGAGAGAGGGUGAUGGAGGAAUUUUCGGGGGAGCUGCAGAAGCCCGUGCAUGUGCUGGUCACGGUGCAGGUCUUGGGCGAGGGCGUCAACAUCCCCAAUGCCGACACCUGCAUGUUCGUGGAGCCACGUGAUAGCUAUGUGAGCAUCAUUCAAGCCAUCGGUCGGGUGCUGCGACCUCAUCCGUCGAAGCCUAUGGCUCACAUCGUGUUGCCUGCGAUUGCAAUGCCUGCGACGUCGAGGAGUGCUGGAAUGGCUCCGCCGGGUCUGAGCGAUUUUGCCGCAGGUGCACAGUCCAUAGCCAGAAAGACGGGCUCUGUGGAGCAAGUCCCGUCCCCGCAAUCAGAGCUGGAUCAGGGCAGUGUGCAUGCACAGCUUCCGAUAUCUUUGGCUGCCACAACUAGGAGUGGCAGCAAGAACUUCUGUGGCCGUGAGCUGACCGCCCAAACAGAGGAAACUUCAAAUCAAGCUGGCAAUGAUGAGGUGCCCAUUGUGCAACUAAACGAGCCUGCGCAGAACGAGCUUUUGCCUAGUGGCGACAGGCUCCAUGCAGCCGUGCCCUGCACGGAGGCAGCUCAAUGGGCUGGAUGUGGCAACGCUACAACGCCGAGGCCAUGUGACAGUGAUUCCAGGUCCCCGAGUAGAACUUCAAUGACUUGCGACCGCCACCGUGCUGAGUUUGGACCCUGCUCCCUGCCAGCACCUGCAAUUCCGAUGAUGCGCGAGUUUGCCCCUGUGGUGCCUGUGCGCGGCACUUCGGAGGACGCGCCCGUUGCGAUGCCAGCAUCUGUUGCAAACACGGCCGCAGGCAGCAGAAGUUCCCGCAUGGGGACGAGUGCAAACGACCACCACGACGCAGAGCGUGCCCGACGUCAAUCGUCGUUGCCGCAGCACAGAUUGGACAGCCUGCUGUUGUCAUGUACAGGACAGGUACCUGCCAGUACGACGGCCUUAGCCUUAGACGCAGCGGCACUUGCGGCCUGCAAGCGGGAGGGUGCCUGCGGUACCGGCAACAUGAAGAAGCAGUCGACGGCUUCACGGGAUGCUGCAGCACGCGGCAUGUUUGGAGCCCAAGGACCAAGUGCCUCUGCGCGGGACAACCGGAUAGACAGCGGUGCAGGGCCUCCGUCUGCAGGGCUCCGUGAUUGUCGCAGGGAUCCUACUGGGCUGAAGGACGCAGGUAGUCAAGGUGACGACGACGAUGGUGCAAAGCCAGAGUUCAGUGGUCCUAAAUCCCAGAGCCCAGCUUCGAUGACAGACGGCCGGCAGGCCAUUGAGCUCCAUGACGGGCGGACAAAUGAUAAAUUGACUGCGUUUCAUGCUCAGGCCGCACGGCCUCCCCAUAGGAGUCCUUCAAAGCAGCUGCCCGCGGCAACUCGUGCCUUGGAUGCUGCGCCUGGCACCAAGCCAACCCAAAUGGUGCCGAGACAUCAUGCAACCGGUUCGGGACCUUCCAUGAAGUCCAGAAAGAAUGUGGGAAGUUUGAUGCAGCGUCGAGCCUCCAAACUGAAGGUAAACACGGCUGGUAAUGCUGGUAACACUCACUUGUCGCGGGGGUGCCAUGCUGACCAGCUGGACAGGUUUUUGCAGGCGAUAGCUCAGGCGGAUAGCCGGCUGGUUGAGAAAGACAUCAGACAAUUGCAGUGUCGUCUUUGGGUGAUGGACAUCAGGCUGCAGCAGCCAAAUAUGCCGCAGCUACUUGCUCGCGAUGUAGUCUUCCAGCUGGCAUUGGUCCUGCACCGGCGGGAUGCAUGGGAUCUACGCUUGCAAGCGGUCGAGAAGUUCGAGCAAGAGCAUGGAAGGCUGCCGAGGCAAAUAAGCAACCAGCUUGGGGAGUCAACCCUGGGCAAGUGGCUGCACAACACUUGCUGCAAGUUGAAGCGGCAGGCGGUUUCUGCCGAAAGGAUGCAGAAGCUGUUAAAUUCGUCAUGCAGCAGGUUACGGGGCCGAGUUGCUAAGUGGCUGGAAUCAGAUUCAGAUGCAUCUUUUCAGCGAUGGUUGGAGGAGUUGCGGAGGUUCGUUCAUGUGCAUCGCCGCAUGCCCCGCAGGGGCAAAGCAUGCUCAAUGCCAGAGAAACUGUUGAUGAAAGGCCUAUUGCAACAUGUGCAGCCUGCCAACAGGAAGCGUGAGAAGCGGUUCCAGCUUUUGGAGAACGUCGACCCCAUCGUUGCGGACUGGGUGAAGUCCAGACAAGCACGGAAGAUCCAAGUCAAUUCCGUCACAUUCAGGAAACAGCUUGACAGGCUUGUUAAGUUCGUGGGGGUGAACGCAAGGCUACCACAACCAAGGCUUGGUGAGUUGGAUCUCUAUAGGUGGUUGUCCAGACAGCGGAGGCAACUGGAUCAGCUCCCGGCGGAGUACCAGGCAAAGCUGAUCGCCGCCCAUCCAGCAAUUGCAGCUUUCUUGGAGAGCUAA